GAUAUAGGCACGAGCAACAACAGUAACAUCAAACCUCUCCUUUACUGAGCGGUCAUCUCGUAAAGAUCCAUUACACGCACUCGUCAAACUUUUAUGACCGUCUCAUCUGUACAUGGAAUCUGAAGAGUUGGAGCAGAAAAAGGAAAGAUCAUACAUUAUAACGUAAAUGACGCCUUAAUCCGAACAGGAGAAGAGAAUUUGGACAGCGACUCGAGGUGACCGCGCAACCGGGAGUGUGUGAGGUGUUGAAAGGAGGGAGAGAGGACUUGACCCACACCGUCCGGGGUGUGCAUUUUUCUUUUUCUUUCUUUUCUUGUAAAGGGAAGAUUCCGAGGCGUUUGCCGUCAUUGGCUCAACGUAUAAACAGCGAGACCAGUGCUCCGUUUCUGUAAAACUAACUUUCGUAAAAAAAUCAAGGACUUUCUUGUUCUGCUGACGGACUUCGGGACUUUGUAUCUCAGCCUAAAGCUGGCAAUAUAACAACUGAACUCUUUAACGCUUUACUACGCUUUCUGCGUCUUCAAAAAUACAGAUAAUACAAAAUAACAUUUGCGUUCAAAAACGUUGACUUUACCUACCGUUGGUCAACAGGAAUUAAAUCCAUGAGCCAGGACUUUGUGAUUUAAAGGACAACGCAGAUGCACGUGAAAUGUUAGAAAGAGACUAAAAGUACAGAGACAAUACGCAAUUAAGUUGAAAUAAGGCAAGUGGGACGUUCAAAGCCCUCGAAACUGAGAGAGCGAGAGGACGUUGGUGGGACAGUCGUCAAAAGCAACCAGAGAAAGACAGAAUGAAUGGAAAAUAUGAGCGCGCUUGAUGAAGUCUUUAUAGUUUGUCCUUUUUCAUCAAUACAGCAUUAAAAGCCGGUGGAACAUACAGCAACGAUGGCUGAGGUGUGGGACAGAAAAGAGCAAAAUAAGCCAGCGAUGAAUCUCUAGAACUUAUGAGGCAAACUCGGCGAAAAAAGGAAAAGAAUCUGACCUUCCGCAUGUGAAGAGCCCCUAAGUGUAGGGCGUAAUAGACGGUAUAUUCUGUGUUGUAGGAGGAGGUGGACAGCGAGCACGGAGACAGAUAGUUUUGAGAGCGAAACAGCUAAUUGCUGAGUCCGUCCCUCAUUUCCAUAUCCAGUGCGUGUCCGCUGGACCUCAGCCAAUCCCCCUCACACAGCACCAUUAAUCGCAAUGCAUUAUUCACUAUCAUAAUUAUAUACCGACAUGCGCAAUCCACACAACAGCAACACCAGCUAAUUUCCGUAAUUUUGCAACUCGACUAUUUGUGAACAUUUUUUUUAUUCGCUCGCUGCUGAUGUAUCUGCAAAAAGCAGGAACAAGUCUCAGCGUACCAGCAGCAUGUCCCGCCGCAAGCAAGCAAAGCCGCAGCAUCUCAAAUCGGACGAGGAACCAACACUAACAGGGGUAGUUUCGGAAAAUGCAGCUCCAGGGGAAGGACUGGACGAUGCGGACAGUGGGAACGAGAGCCGGAGCGGCAGCGAGGAGACCCAUGUGUGUGAGAAGUGCUGUGCAGAGUUCUUCAAGUGGUCUGACUUCUGCGAGCACCUGAAGAGCUGCACCAAGAACCCGCUGGUGCUCAUCGUCAACGAGGACGAGGUGACGCCUGACUCGCAGGAGUACCCAGCCGAGCCCUCCCCGGCACCCAGCUGCCCCAGCGACCCGGCUGACAGCGAGGACGCCGAUGACAGCCGUGCGGCCACCGAGGGCGAUGAGGGCGCCGAGCUAGCGCCGAAGGGCAGCGUGGAGAAGGAGGACGAGCCCAUGGAGGUGGAGGAGUCUCCCGAGAAAAUGGCCGAGGCCGAGGAGCCUGCGGCCUCGCCCCAGCAGGAAGUCCCCCUACCUCAGAUCGAUGCCCCGUCCUCUCUGACGAGCUACAACAUGCCAAACACUAACGUGACUCUGGAGACACUGCACAGCACCAGGGUGGCCGUGGCCCAGUUCUCCCAGAGUUUCCGCACAGGCGCUGGCGGGGUGCCCACUGUGGCCAUCCCCAUGAUCCUGGACCAGCUGAUGGCGCUCCAGCAGCAGCAGAUCCACCAGCUGCAGCUCAUCGAGCAGAUCCGCAGCCAGGUGGCCAUGAUGAACAGGCAGCCCAUGCAGCCGGCCCUGACUUCCUCUGGAGUUCCCCAGGGCCCGUCCUCUGUGCCCACCCCCAGCCAGCUCCAGCUCCAGGGCUUUAUCACGCCUCCCGUCCACCAGCUGCCAGUCAGGGUGCCGUCUGCUGUCAACGGGCAGGCCUCCGUCUCCCUGACAUCUGCCCUGGAGGGGCCCCAGUCCCAUGUCUCGCAGUCCGGGUGCGGGCAGACCAACCCAGGGAUAACUAACAGCACUUCGGUUUCAGCCGGCUCCAGCCUACCCCCGUCUGGCUGCGGCGCCAUCUCCUCCUCCUUACUGCCCCCCUGCACUCUGGCGAGCACGCACACGAACAGUGGCAGCAGCAGCGCCUCCCAGCCGCGGCACUCCUCGAGCCCCCCCUCUCUGGGCCACAGCAGCCUUCUCAGCUCAUCUUCCAACCUGCCACUGCUACCUCAGAGCUCCUCCAGCAGCGUCAUCUUCCCCAACCCGCUGGCGAGCAUUGCCGCCACCGCCAACGCCCUGGACCCGCUCUCCGCUCUGAUGAAGCACCGCAAGGGGAAGCCGCCCAACGUGUCCGUGUUUGACACCAAGCCCAGCUCAGAGGAUCCCUUCUUCAAGCAUAAGUGCAGGUUCUGCGCCAAGGUGUUUGGCAGUGACAGUGCCCUGCAGAUCCACCUCCGCUCGCAUACCGGGGAGAGGCCUUUCAAAUGCAACAUCUGUGGCAACCGCUUCUCCACCAAGGGAAACCUGAAGGUCCACUUUCAGAGGCACAAAGAGAAGUACCCCCACAUUCAAAUGAACCCUUACCCGGUACCAGAAUACCUCGACAAUGUGCCCACAAGCUCCGGCAUCCCUUACGGCAUGUCUCUGCCCCCUGAGAAGCCUGUGACCACAUGGCUGGACAGCAAGCCUGUUUUGCCCACUGUCCCCACCUCAGUGGGCCUCCAGCUUCCGCCCACUCUGCCCAGCAUGGCUAGCUACAGCGAUUCUCCAAGUCUUACUCCCUUGAGCAGGUCGCCGCACAGACGAUCUCCUGAUUCAAGUGAGUGUGCAUCCUUGUCUCCCAAUCUCAUUGCCGCUGAAACCAGCAUGCCAGCUGCCUCUGAGUCCCCACAGCCUAACCUUGGGAGCGAGGGGCCCCCAGUCUUGAAACCAGAGGGGAUUCACCUGCCCCCGACCUGCACAACCAGACCGGGAGAGAGCUCCACCACGGUGACACAAGCUGCCGUGUCGGCCACCAUCACAACUACAACCACGACCCCUCAGAUUGCAGAGCCCGUCACUCCACCCUCCUCGGUCUCCAACCCUGUACUUCCGAUGAUUUCUGACCAGUUCAAGGCUAAGUUUCCAUUCGGCGGCCUCUUAGACUCUAUGCAAACUUCGGAGACCUCGAAGCUGCAGCAGCUGGUGGAGAACAUCGACAAGAAAAUGACGGACCCCAACCAGUGCGUCAUCUGCCACCGCGUGCUCAGCUGCCAGAGUGCCCUGAAGAUGCACUAUCGCAUCCACACCGGGGAGAGGCCCUUCAAAUGCAAAAUAUGUGGCCGGGCAUUCACCACUAAAGGCAACCUGAAGACACACUUCGGAGUGCACAGAUCCAAGCCUCCUCUGCGGGUUCAGCACUCGUGCCCCAUCUGCCAGAAGAAGUUCACCAACGCCGUGGUUCUUCAGCAGCACAUCCGCAUGCACAUGGGGGGCCAGAUCCCCAACACCCCCCUGCCAGAGGGCUUCCAGGAUAUGGACGCCGACCUCUGUUUCGACGAGAAGAGCUUGGACACCAUGAGCAACUACGAUGACGAGCUGCUGGACGAAAUGGAGCAGUCCAUGGAGGAAGAGGCGGAACUGAAAGACGGGGAGCUGGACCCCACCAAGCCCCUGAUCCCAUACUCCGGCAUGUCCCCGAACUCGCCCCCAUCCGUCAUCUCCAGCAUCGCCGCUCUGGAAAACCAAAUGAAGAUGAUCGACUCCACCGCGAACAUGAGCCACUCCUUCGGGGGGCUCAAGUCGGGAGAGAACGGCUUCUUGGAGAACGACCGCCUGACGAACGAUUCCUCAUCCGCGGUGGGUGACUUGGAGAGCCAGAGCGCCGGGAGCCCGGCCAUGUCCGAGUCCUCCAACUCCAUGCAGGCCCUGUCCCCGGCCCCCAGUCACGCUGAGAGCCUCCGCUCCAAGUCACCGGGGGCCAACGUCCCUGACCUGGUGCAGGAGAUGCCCACCACGGUCAAGUCGGAGAAAUCGGAAACCCCAUCACCUGCACCCGUGCCUGAAAACGGAGGGGCCCUCGACCUGACGGCGACCCCACCGGGCAGACCUUUCAUUAAGGAAGAGAGUCAGUUCAGCAUGCUGUUCCUGAGCAGAGAUCGCGGUCCAAGCCAAAGCACUCCCAGCCUUGUAACCACCACGCCCAGCAUGAUCAAAAUCGAGGUGAAUGGGCACAGCAAGCCGGUCCAUAUGAGCGAGGGCCAGCAUCUGCCGGUUGGUAUCCAGGCUCCUGUGGCACCCCAGACGACAAUGAGCCCCAGCAUCACGCCCAUGCUGGCGCCGCCGCCUCCCCGCCGGACCCCCAAGCAACACAACUGCAACUCGUGCGGGAAGAACUUCUCCUCCGCCAGCGCCCUGCAGAUUCACGAGCGCACACACACUGGUGAAAAACCUUUCGGUUGCACAAUCUGUGGUCGAGCGUUUACCACAAAAGGAAACUUGAAGGUCCACAUGGGCACCCAUAUGUGGAACAACGCUCCAGCCAGGAGAGGACGGCGCCUGUCGGUGGAGAACCCUAUGGCUUUGCUGGGCGGGGAUGCCAUGAAGUUCGGCGAGAUGUUCCAGAAGGACUUGGCCGCGCGGGCCAUGAACGUGGACCCCAGCUUCUGGAACCAGUACGCGGCGGCCAUCACCAACGGCCUGGCCAUGAAGAACAACGAGAUCUCCGUCAUUCAGAAUGGUGGCAUCCCCCAGCUGCCCGUCUCCCUGGGCGGGGGCGGCAUCCCCUCGCUUGGGAGCCUGUCUGUUGGCAUGGAGCGGGCGCGCACAGGCAACAGCCCCCCCAUAAUGGGCCUGGAAAAAGCCAGCAUGGAGGUGGGAGCCGGUCGCCCCUUUUCUAGGUUUAUCGAGGACAACAAAGAGAUUGGGAUCAAUUAAAGAAAAAGGAGGGAAAAAAGCAA